UGUAUGUGUGUGUGACUUACGUCAACAUGCAGUCGGGUCGCUCCAAAUAUCUCGUCUAUUUAUGUAAAUCGUAGACUCGUAGUAAAUUCGUAAAAAUCGCGCCUACUAGAUUUCUGGCCGAGAUCGCGGUUCGAGAAUUCGUUUGUUUGGCCACGGUCCCUGUGGUGCACCCUGUUCGGCGAUUUAUAUCUUCAGCUUGUGAUGGAUGACCUACCAUCGGCGACCAGUAGUCGAUUGCGAGAAUGGGUUACAAAAACGGAAAGAAAAGGAGAAACGAAAAAAUAGAAGCUCAGUAAAGUAAACAGUAUAAAACAAACAAGAUGGGGAAUUCCUGCAGCAGCGGACAAGCUCACAAAGACAAAGACAACAUGUCUCAAAGAUCUGAGGAAUCGGGAAGUUACCAAGUGAGAACGAGUCUGCCGACAGAAAAACAACAAACUCUACUCAACCACGUGACGUCCCAUUCUGGCGUCAUAUUGGAACCCGCUACUGCCGGGAAACCUCAACUGCUUUCGGGUAAUACUCCAUCCAGUACUUCGAGUACUUUAGAAAAAAAAUCGAAUUUUAGCAAAGCCGCCAAAGGCGCACUCGCCAGUGUGUCUGAUUCGGUAUCUUUAAGCUCUCCUCCAGACAACCAAAGUCCCAAAGAGUUCCCAAAAUUAUUCGAAGGCAACAUACCGCAAGAAGUCUCUGAUCUGAACGAAAAUCUUCAGAACCUGAUCAUGGGAAAGAUAGCGCAAACGAAAACCGCCUCGAAAAGCCGAAAAAUCGUGAUUUAUAUUUGUGCAGCAGAUUCACAAGAUUGUAACGUUGAGAAAGGAGCCCUACACAAUAAAAUUUAUCCACAAUUGAGAGCCACUUGCAGGUCCAAAGGUUACGAACUUCACAUAGUUGAUCUGCACUGGAAAACCUUAUUGGAAAAGCAACAAGAUCACGAAUUUCCCGAGCUGUGUAUUGGAGAAUUAACGAGGCAAAUGGAAGUUGCUUAUAUCAUACCAGUUCUAUUUCUGAACAAUUCGUUAGGCACGCAGCUACUACCAAUCACGAUAGAAAGUACAGAUUUUAAAAUGGCAAUGGAUAGUGCUGAGAAUCAGUCAGCGCAAGGACUAUUGUCGAAAUGGUAUAUGUUGGACAGUGAUGCGCAGCCUCCUUGCUACAGACUUCGACCCAUAUCAAGCCAUAUCCCAGGAUUCAAUGAAUCCUCGCUGCAGGACAGAGAGAAAGCGUUUGCCGAAUGGGCUACGGAGAUUGAUAAAAUGCUCGGGGUUCUGAUUACUGUAUUUACGCAGGAACUUCGUGAUACAUAUUUAACCACUGUCGUUGAACAGGAAGUACACAACACUGUAUUCAUGAGUCAAGAACUGGCCAAAAGAUGUAUCUGGUUGAACAGGGUAUACAUUCCUACAGCAAAAACUCCAGAUAAUAUGAGUCCGGGAGAAGCGGAAGCCUAUAGGAGAUUAGAUAUUUUACAAAAAGACUUGAAGAACCAGUUAGCUGAAAAACACAUAGUUAGGAUACCAGUAAAGUUCGUAGAUGGUGGUAUCAACGUAAACAUCCCUGAACAUGAGGAUUAUAUGCUAAAUGUCGUCCACCAUCUGAAAAAACAUCUUAGCGAAAUGAUAAACACCAUCAUAGAUGAGCAUCAAAGUAAAACCAUGUUAAAACCUAGUUACGGUAUUGAAGCGACUUUAUUCGAAGAGCUAAAUCAGCAGACCAGUUUUUGCCAAAAAGCUGUCCAGUGUAGCACUAACCGGGAAAAAACAGUGAACGAUGUGAAAGGGUACUUAACUGGAAACAGUACUAAUCCCUUGGUGAUUUACGGGCCCAGUGGUUGCGGGAAAACUACGCUGCUUGCUAGAGUUGCACAGUGUUGCCAACAGUGGUUGCCGGAAGCUUUCUUAAUAGUCAGAUUCGUCGGCAUUAGUGCGCAGUCUAGUACAAUCGAACAACUUUUGAGUUCCAUCACUAAUCAGUGUUCAAUUUUAAAUUACGGUCAUAAAUGCCAUUGUAAUCACAACAUAGAAACAUACCAGAAAGUUCUUCUUAGUCUACUAACCGCCAGCUGUCUUCAGCGACCACUAGUCAUCCUCUUAGACGGACUGGACCAAGUCAGAACGUACAGUUCCAAAAAUAUAGAUUGGCUGCCCACCGUGCUACCCGAUAACAUAAAAUUAAUCAUCUCUGUAUCAGAGAACAGUGAUAUGCAUGCCAAAAUUAGCGAAAAGCUGAACCAAGAUAGCUUCGUGCAGGUACCGGUUCUAGGCGAGAGCGAAGCUAAAGGAAUUUUGAUGUCGAGCGUAAUGCAAUACAAUCAUAGCGUUAAUUCUAAAAUUCAAGACUGCGUGCUGAAAUCUGUUCAAGAGUGCACCAUUCCGUUAUAUUCGAAGGUUUUAGCCUGGCAAACGUCCUGGUGGGUGGAUAAAGAACACGAAAUAGUUCCUAAAGGAAACGUCAAUGAACAGCUGCAUCUUAUGUUAGAAGAACUGGAAGCCAUUUUGGGUGAAACGCAAGUCCAACACGCUCUUGCCCUUCUAACUUGUACCAAGCAUAGUCUGACGGAUUCGGAAAUGAUCGAUUUGUUGGCUUUCGACGAGAGCUUUCAUACAGACACCACAUAUGUUUCGUGGGCACCAGCUUGUCUGGCUUGGUCAAGGCUGAACAAGUACCUGGCGCCGUUUCUUCACUGGACGCUCACUGGUACGGCGUUGGGUGUCCAAUGGAAAGACAGUAUGUUGAAAAAGAUUGCUUCAGAGAGAUUUAAGCAGCACAAACCGUGGGGGCAUCGUAUGCUGUACGAUUAUUAUCAGGGUCGAUGGUGGAAUAGCAAACCCAUCAACCUACAAGCUCGGCUAGUGAUCCAAGAAAACAAAUUAGAAAAAUGUUACAAUCGCCGUAGAUUAGACGAACUUCCCUACCAACACUACGAAUUGCAUUCUAACCUAGAAAACUCCAUCUAUCUCAGCGAUCCGUCAUGGAUCUACGACAAAGUCUGCGGCUCCAACUGCUACCAGAUCCUCGAAGACAUCAACCUCCAAGCGACAAUUUCUAGUCAACUAACCCACAUCCUGCGGGACUUCAUCCAAACGCACGCCGCCAUCUUGAAUUAUGACGGGAAGCAGUUCUACUCGCACAUGUACAAAUACCUCAGCGAUAAAAUUAACAAACGCGAAAUUAGCAUAGAGAAUAACGAUAGUAGUCUAUCGAGGGUGUACAGUGUUUGUAGAGACCCGCCGGUGUUGUCUUUGAUUGCUGUGAACGAGGCGGAUUUGGAUAGUGCGGAAAGUGAGAAGUGCGCAGACGCGGUGAAGGAUCAGAAAACUUUUGAUGUAGUGGUGCGGUUGCCGAAAACUGAUCAAUUUAUCGUUACCGUGUCUACGAAUAGUAAAGAACUUUGUGUAUGGGACGUUAUCAAUUGCCAACCCGUUCGGAUAUUACAAGGGGUGCCCAAUCCCAUCAAUUUAAUUCCAAUAGAUCAAUUAAAAUGUAUAGUACUGUGUAGGAGAGAAUUACGAACGUUUGAUUUGAAUUCUGGUAGUUUUUUAACAAAACUGAAGGGUGUCAUGAACCAAAAGAUGCCCUUCUACGGGCUACACGACCAAUCCCAUUUAGUGGCACUCAGUAGAAAUAGGAUGUACAUAAAUCUUAUGAAUUUGGAUAGUGGUGAUUGCGUUACUACAUUCAAGGCGGGGGAAGACCGCUUUCUCAAUUCCCUGCUAGUUUCGGGGGAUGGGAGAGUCCUUGUUUGUGGUGACGAAACUCAAAAGCCAUUUCCGUUGUUAGUGUGGAACUUAAAAUCUAGAAAAUUAUUAUACGAUCUCAGAAUUCCCCAUCAUCAUUUUAUCACAGCAUUAUCUGCCAUUACAUACGAAGGAAAUUACGUGUGUUGUGUAUGUUACGAAAUAUCAGAACCAAAUCCAAAUUUUAUCGUAGUUUAUGAUUUGCAAAGUGGUACGCUGUUCAAAAAAUGGAAGCCAUCUUGCAAUACGGUUUCUAUAGAAAUAAGCUCACAAGGUGGCUGUGUCAUAUCUGGUCUAGAAGACGCCAGGAUUCUUGUAUGGGACCUCAUAACUGGUAAUUGUAGAUGGUCUUUAAGUGGACAUACAGCGCCAGUUACCACGUUAAAACUAGAUCCUACAGGAGUUUUUUGCCUUUCGAGGGAUUCCGAAUGCAGGGAUAGAUCCAUUCGUAUUUGGGACCUUAACAAAGGUGAUUUGGUAGCAGUUUACACACCGAAAACCAAGAUAACUGCUUGUGAAAUCACUUCGAAUGGCCGAUUCGUGGUUCUAGCUUUAGAAGGUUGCAAGAAUCUGGUAACCCUGUCGCUGAGAGGUCCUAACGUUUCCGAAAGACCAGAAAUCGAGACUUACGGUGACGCAGAAAAUACCGGAAAAACGUUCAUUUUGCCGGAAAACUGCUGACCUGCAAAAUAGGAACUUAGUUUUCAAUUGUCUGACGUUUAAAUUAUGCCAUAACGAUUUUUGAAUCAUUUAAAGAGUUGAUGUACGGACACUGAGCAAUAACAAUUAUUUCUUUUCAAAUAUAGUUUUUAUUAAUCAUUUUUUAAUUGGAUGUAGAGACAUCACAAAAGUAGAAGUACAAUGGCAGUGCAAAUGUGAAGGUUAUUGGCCCUAAUAAUUUGAUUCACCUUAUUUGUAUUUUCUACAUUUUAUUUAUUUUACGUCUUGAUCUCAUUUGAUUUUGGAAUUAUUUUCCUUAUUAAAAAUUGCUUGCCUGGGUUUUAUCCCAUCUAGUUUUUGAACUAACUGGGUAGUGCAAGCGAGCAUGAUUUUACCUAACAUCUUUAUUAAUAAAUAAAGCAUUUCUAAAUAGUUACCUAUAAGUCAUGCAUCAGAAUAUUAUUAGUUAAAUUUAAAUAAAUAAGGUUAAAUUUUGUUAAAUCAUUAACAAUCCCAAAAACCAUUGAAGUUGUGACAAGUCGUUGGCCCUUUAACGAAUGUGAUGGUAAUUAACUGCCGUUAAUUUUUAUUUUUUAGUUGGGCCGUUUAUGGCUUUUUAACUGUUUCCAACAUGCAACUGUAAAAUUGUUAUGACCCUUUUAAUAUCUGUAAUUAACUGCCCUUUAACCUUAAAUUAUUCAAUGGGCCGUAGAUGGCUUUUAAUCGGUUUUUACAUACAACUGUAAAAUGAUUAUGGCCCCUUUUAAAUUUGUAAUUAAUUUCCUUUAAUCUUUAAUUAUUUGAUUGUUUCUCAUAUGCAACGGUAAAAUUAUUAUAUUUCUUUUGAAAUUUUUAAUUAACUACCAUUUAAAUUUAAUUAUUCGAAGGCUUUUCAACUGUUUCCCAUUAUUAAAAAGAAAAAUAUAUUGCAUUAAGCUAAUUAUUAUACAAAGUGACAAAAGAGAGCUAAAAUUGAGGAUUGCGCUAUUAAUACUCAUAGUUUUCAAAAAUAACUUUCAUUUAAUGUUACACGAUACAUUUACUUUAAUCGCCCAGCAUCAUUUUUAUAAGAGCCUUUUAAAUGGAAUUUAACAUUAUUAUUAUUAUUAUUAUUAUUAUUAUUAUGCAAAACUGCUGGCCAUGUGCAGGCCUAUCACUACUUGUCUUUUAAUGUUACGAGUUUUAUGCAAGGCCACUGAUAUUAUGGGAAACUACUUAUUGCUGGUAAAGUGACGACGGCCUUCUGGCGUCCGUUGUGACAAAAAAGACGACUUACCAAUGUCAGGCCAUCAACAAAAAGCUACUACUUGAACUAACGUACAUACGUUUAAGGGUAGAUAAUUUGCCAUAACAAAAUAAUUAUUAGGAAAUGAAAUAUUCGUUAAUAUUUUUUUUUGGAAAACAGUAAUGUUUAAGAAAUUGAUAGAAAAAGAUAUAGAGAAUUUGUCAUUCAUUAUAAUGACGUUUCUAUAUUCAAUCAAAUUAAUUAAAUCUUUAUUAAGUUUCAUUUUAAUGAGGUAUUUAAAUGUUUCUAAUUUUUGUACAUUCUUAUGUUCUGAUGAAGUAUAUUAAAUAGCCUAAUUCCAGUUAUCGGUUCUUUGGUACAAAUAUUUAGAUGCAUAAAUAAUAAUAAUAAUAAUAAUAAUAAUACUCUCCCUAAUUCACCACCUUACGAGUGAAUUUCAACCCCUGAAGUCGACUGAACGACUUGUGUAGGGGAAGGGACGGCUAUUAUUAUUAUUAUGUGCCGUGGCGCUCCGGGGCAACUUAAGGAUGAUUGAUGGUGCCAUUUGACUUACAGGUGAGGAAAACCCGGAAAACCUCACCCACCAUCAUCGAGACGAUAAUGUAUGGCGAUUUUAUAAUCUGCAUGUCAUAUCAAUAGAAAUUAAAUUUCUAUUAAUACGGCACACAUCAAAUCCUAAACCGAACCAUGCAAUUUAAUUAAAAAUCCACAUGGUCCGGUCUGGGAUUCGAAGCCCAGCAGUCUCGGACUCAUAAACUUGCCUAUAAAUGAAUAUAAGCGCGUUAGACCGUUACACCAUCGACCCAAUAUGGUUAAUAUGUAUUUGUUUUUUUUUUCUGCUGUUGUAUGAAUAUUCAGUAUUUUAAAUUGUUUUAAUGCAGAUCGACACGAAUUUAUUGAAGAGGCGUCAACUCAACAUCUUAUGAUCCUCUUUUGCGUUAUACUUGGUCAGCAUAUAAUGAUCCGCCCUGUUCACUAAUACCAUUGUAAGUAGAGCUGGGCGAUUAUAAAAAUAAAUAAUCGAUUAUAUAAAAUCGAUUUUUUCGAUUAAUUGAUAGAAAAUAAACGAAUAAUCGAAAAUAAUCCAGUCAUCGAUUUUUUUUUGAUUAAUUAAUAGAAAAUAAUCGAAUAAUCGAAAAUAAUCGAUAAUUCAAAAAUAAUCGAUUAAUAAAAAAUUGGAUUAUCGAUUUUUCAAAAAAAAAACAAAAUUUAUCGAUGAUUUUUCCCACCAAAAAAGUAAUUCUUUGACUCGAGAAUCUUUGAUUUUGUUCUACAGGAUGCGCAAAAAAUACUAUUGUGGAUUUGCAAAAAAAAUUAAGUCAACAUUUUUGGAAGCGCUUUAAUAAAAAAAACUUUUAGCUUUUUGUUUGCUACUUAAAAGCUCAAAAAAAAAUUGUAAUAAAAUAAAUAUAAUUUUGCAAAUGCACAAUUGUAAUUUUUAUUGCGCACCCUGUAACAACAAAAUCGAAGUUUCUCGACAUAAAUCGCAUUUAUUUAACAAAUAAAAGAAAUUGAAAAAUGACAUUUUUGGAAAAUUUUAAAAUAAAUACUUUUACAAGUAUCUAAUUAUUUAUAUUUUUACUAAUAAAAAUUAUAUUUGAAAAGUCAGUCUCAAGAUCGGGACAUUAAUUCUUACUUAUUAUUGAUUACAGUGCGGUAAAACAACUGAUGGGUAACUUACCAAGUUUGGUGUUAAAUUAAAAAAAAUCUUUAAAAUUAAAAACAAAAACUUCCCGGUGUACAGAAUGUCCAAUUAUACUGUAGCAAUUUCGUGGCGGAGUGUUAAGGCGAGAUUUUUAUAAUAUCUCAUUAACUAAAAUUUUUGAGAAAUUUUAAAUAUGUUGGUGUAAUGUUACUAUAUCUUGAAAAUGUUCGUCUAAUACUUCGUCGGAUAAAACUGCAUAAUUUAAAAUACGUUUAUCACAAUUAAUGUAGUUUAAAAAUAGAUUCAGCUGUUCCUACAGAAUUACAAAAUAUUCAGAAAUUAUAAAAAUAUAAUGAAAAUAAAUUAAAAAAAAAACAGAAAUAUAUCAUUAAAAAGAUUAUAGCCCAGUAAAAUUACUAAAAAUUUAGAAAUAUUUCUUAAAAAUAAUAAAAAUUUCCAUUCAAUUAAACAAGAAAUACUAAAGUAGCAACAACUGACUCUUACUCGUAUCUUGGUCAAUUUAUUUUUUUAAGAGCGAUCUGUGCUGGUUUCAGAUCCAAUAGGAGUUUUCUUUUAAAAAAAUGAUGUUAUAAUGUUUCGAAGAAAAAAUACAUAAUAUUUAUAGUCAAAAAUUCUGUUGACGACCAUCUGCUGGCUUCAGAUAAACAGGAACAAUUUUCGAAGUAAUAUUAUGGACGUUUGUUUAAAGAUUUUAUGAAUUAGAUGAGAAAAGUAAAUUUAGAUAGCAUAUACAAACAGAUACAAAAUUAUGGUAAAGAGAUCGAUUUUAAAGUUAUCUAGAUAUUUUUCUCAUAAAAUUCCCAUUAAUGUUUUUCAAUCAUUACCUUUAAGACACUAUUCUAAUAAAGUUUAUUUAUUUUUUAAAGUUAUAAUCUUUUUUUUUUUUUUUCGUAUAAUUCUGAAUACUUUAUUUAUUGCGUUCUUAAAAUUGAGUUAAUUAUUUUUUGUUACAAGUGCCAUUUUACAAAUAGAACAUAUUUAAAAAAUCUUUAUUUCUUACAAAAUGUUAUUAAUUAGUUUUCUAAGGUUUCUUUAAAGUACAAAUGAAAUAUGACACGGUUAAAAAUAAUCUAUUUUUUAAUGUAUCUGAUGUAUUUAAAACCUAAGAGAAUAGUUUGUUGACUCUACGUAAUAAAUAUAUUUUGAACGCCACUGCAAGUCACAGACUUUUUUUGGUUUGUUCAUGUUUUUUUUGCAACAUCACGAUCUUUAUAUGCCGCGUUUGAAUAUCCACAUCCGAUGCAUUUUUUACAUCUCGAGCGUUUGUUUAUCCACAUUGGACACAUCUCACAUACUUUGAAUACUUUGAUUUUCUUUUACUAUACGGAGAAUGGUCGCACUGCGCAGUUUUCUGAGUGCCUUUUAAAAGGAGAUAGAAAACUCCGCCAUUUUGAACCCUUAUUACGUGUUGCCUACAUCUUGGCGCAAUAUUUUUAAUAGGUGCGUUUUAAUCAUUCGCUUCUGCUUCGGAAUUGUCGGUUUUCUUGUUUUAAUCUGACAGGUUAAAACGACUAAACCGACAAUUCCGGAAGCAGAAGCGGAUGAUUAAAACGCACCUGAUAUUUUGCUUGCUGCUGUCAAUGUCAGUGAAUAUUAUUUUUGAAGUCACAGUUUAUUGCUAAAGAAUCAGUUAGCUCACUCGGACCAGUUGAAAAUUCCAAAAUAACAUCCACUUCAGGGAUACAAAUUCAGGAUACGCAGAAGACUGCUGUUUUAUUAUAGGUGGUUGUCAUAUAUUGUAUUAUCCGAGUUGCACAGUGUAUAAACUGAAACAUUGAGAUCAAAAGUGCCGACGCAGAGUGAGCGAUCUGAUUCUUUAGCUGUAAACUGUGUCACAGGGUUCAAAAUGGCCGCGCCCUAUGUUGGGCAUGUCGAACCUCUCUCUUGCCUCGUAUAGUAAUCAAAGUAUGUGACACAUCUACUACAUCUACAUCUGCGUUUGUUUAUCCGAGAUGUACCUGACCAGAUUACAUUUUUUACAUCUCGAUUUGAAAUGAGAUGUGAAUGAGAUGUACGUUCCAUGCCAGAAAGUAAGUGUUCUGUGAAGCCAAGUUUGUCAAUUUAUCCUUUGUUUCUGCUAGUAUGAAUAUAAAAGUGAUUAGUUUGUUUAAUUUUUGUUUAGAUUUCAAAUUUAGGUUGAUUUGUAGUCUCAAAAAUCAAAUUUAAAAAGUAUAAGCUUCUAACUUGUCAUUGUCAUUUUAUCACAUGACCAAUAAAGUCUAGAGCGUUUGUUUAUUACAUCUACACAACAUCUCAGAUGCAUCCGAUGUGGAUAUUCAAACGCGACAAUGUAUCUCGUACAUAUAAGGUCUUUUCCUUUGCAUCGAAAGUGUAGCACUGAGCUACGUUAUUUCUGAAAAUAGUGUUCCAUCCAUACAAUUUGUAUAAAUGGAACGAUAUUUUCAGAAGUGGUGUAGCUCGGUCCUACACUUUCGAUGCAAAGGAAAAGACCUAUUUAUAAAUACAUCUCGCACAAAUGUUCUGGAAAAUUCUCCGCUCCAUACCAUGUGUACAGUAACAAAUUCUAUUGUCAAUGAACUUGAUAUAUUUAGUUACAAUAGGUCUUUUCCUUUGCAUCGAAAGUGUAGCACUGAGCUACGUCACUUCUGAAAAUAUCGUUCCAUCCAUACAAUUUGUAUAAAUGGAACGAUAUUUUCAGAAGUGGUGUAGCUAAGUGCUACACUUUCAGAUAUAAAAUCCCACUUUUUAUCUUAGUUCAUUUGUUAAUUUUGUUACCUAUUACGAAAUACAAGUUCUUUUUAUGUGCUUAACAUUCAUAUAAAAAAUUGUGAUUUAUUAAUAAUUAUAUUCUGUCAAUUCCUGCUCUGUAGACAAAACGGUGGAAUCGAUCCUAAUUGUGUUUAUGACCGGUAGAGUAUUGUAUUAUAAAUAAAUAAAAAUAAAUAAAUAUUUAAAUAUCUUCAAACCUCUGAACUUCAAACUACAAAAAUUGUAUAUAGAAACAACAAAAAAGAAAACUUUUUGCCGAUGUAUCAAAAUAUAUUACCAGUAGUGGUGAUUAGUGACCGAAAUAUCAAAAUAAUUAAAUUUUUUAUUUUCAUUGCAAAAAUGAAAUUGAGUGAAAUUACCUAUUCUCUAGGUCUUAAAGACAUUUGUACAGAUGUACAACUCUAAAUUUUUAAGUGACUAAUAUAUCCAGUACUGUACCUAUUAUGCGGAUACUAAAUUAGCCUUUUACACAUAAUAGGUAGGUGUGUAGGUACGUACUAACCAUACCAUACCUACUUAAACUACAGUCAGAGGAUAUUUAGGCACGAUGUUUUUAUGAAAACUGUGUAAUCUGAGUAACGUACAAAUCAAUUUUUAUUCUAUUUAUUGCUAAUUAUACUAUUUUUGAUUACAAUCGAUUUUUUAUUCUGAAUUUGAAUUAGACUGAAUUUUUG